GAGCGCACGUCGUACGAUUCACAACUCGCAGCAGUCGCAAGUGAAACGAAUCUGAACGAAACGGUAAUGGCAGGCGGUGUUUGUGAUACCUAACAAAUGGCUCUUUCUGAGGUGCAAAAUUUAGCCGCGAUCAUCGGCAACAAUGCUCUCGCUGUUGGCAAGAUUGAACACGGCAUCAGCAUGUUCGAGUCACCAGCCACUAACUGCACGACGGGCAAUCGCCGCUCUGAUUACAAUCCCUGGAGCUGCGACCUGUUUGUCGACAAUUCCAGUAUUAAAGGGAACGUUGAUGAUGAAGAAAGUCAAGACUUAAGUAACUCAAUGGUAAACGAUUUAGUUGCUAAAAUUUUGGACGAAGAUGUCGUUGUGGGUGACGAUGUCUACGCUACUCGCUAUAAUGGAAAUUCUUCUCUACGUUAUCAUUCUGAGACUCAGAUGUCCCAGUUGUCGCAAAUCCAGAAAAGCAGCUCUGGUGCAAAUCCUUGCACCAACAAUGAUUUCUGUAGACUGACUCAGCAAUUUCCGUCAAGAAGAAUCUCAAGUGAUAUAUCAAGCAUAAUCGAAAAUGACCGCGAUUACGGUAACAUCUGCGGUGGACUGAACUCAUUAAGUCUAAAUGUGUGUACGGGACUUGAAAAAGGAAACGUUUUUACCAAUGGUUUCACAAAUAAUCCACACCAUUCUGAAAUGCAUCAUCACAAUCUAAUAUCUAGCCAACAGUCUCCAUGCACAAGUAGAAAUUACGCUCCUCCGUCCAAUGGACUGUUAAAAACGACUAAUGGAAUGGAUUAUGGUUCACGGCCCGCUAACUGGACCGAAUCAAUUAUUGCAUCGGAAUGCCCUAAAGAUUUGUUUGGGAACUACCAACAACAAAUGCAGUCUUGUUCAAACACAGACUACAACUUCAACGUGGCUCGCAAUUUGACGCUAGACUCGCCAGACAACGUCACUCUAAACGACAUGCCACUGCAUUGCAACGUUGGCCACAAUAUUCCUCAGAACGUGCACAACAAUCUUAUGCACAACGUCCACGAAGCUUACAACAUGACUGCUAAUGGUCAAUCUUACAGACCGGGUUCCGCGAUGACUGACCUCAGCGCUGAUUCGGGGUUUCUAUCAAAUUCACCUUUACAACACUUUUCGCCCGUCGAUUCAGCUUUACCGAACUGUUUUCCUAAUAAUUUUCCACGAAAUAAUUACGAAGAUUUCAAGGACCUCCGCGACGCGCCAAAUAUGAACGUAAGCAACAUGACACCGAGCAAUGAACAUCAGCUCUUCUUGCACCAACAGUCGCAAGUCUUCAAUCAGGACAGAGCAGCCGAGCAAAACUACAAGCGCUUCAUUAACAGAUACCCGGUUCCUAAUGAGUACGCCAUGUCUGCAACUAACGAUCUGAACUAUGAUGCGGUCUUAAGCAAUCAGGACCAGCGGAUCGAAAACAAUAUCCUCAAAAUGCUCAGUCCAAAAACGAAAUCUAGAGAAAAAACAGUCUAUUCUCCUAUUGGUUUUCCCAGGAAUCUCAGCUCGCGUAACACGACGGUGGAACCAUCAGCAAAGUAUAACUACCAACCAGUCAACGGUUAUCCACGUUACGUCACUAAUAACGGAAAUAGUUUAAAAACUGUUCCUCAAAGCGCGAACGGUAUGACCUAUCCCAAUGGCCUGAAGCGCGCAAACACUCCUUGUGCAGCUUACAAGCUCCCCAACGGUAUGCCGUUUCCUUCAAACAACCAUCUUUCCCAACAAUUGGCGACUAAUACGGUUGACAGCAACAUCUUGAAUCGCAUAGCCAAGCAGCGACAGCAACGAGCUAAAGGAAUGUCUGCCGUGCCUCCUGCUGAUGUUUUAUUCAAAGGAUUGAUGCAAGGAGCCUCUGGGACGCCUGUAUUUCCAUCAGUGAUGCCCAUGCCAGUUCCAAUGACCGUCCCACCACACCAUCCGAUGUCCGUUUUGUUUGAUGGAGGAUUGGGCUUGCGAAGUGGAAAUGCAACUGUCAAGCGAACCGGAUCGUCAAAAAUCUUACAUUUGAGACUAGAGCAGACGUAUGAGCAAUUCAAACAGCUAGAAAAGGAGCGUAAGAAGUGCGAGGCUGGCCUUGCUGCACACUUUCCUGGAAAGAAGGUAACAAGCGCCAACAACAUACCAACUCCGCGUCUGCAAGGAAGUCCAUCCCGUGUUGAUCGCCUCAUUGUGGAUCACAUGCGAGAGCAUGCAAGGGUUAUUACGCUGAUCGCCAAAAUGGAACGUCUUCGGGGAGCCUCAAUGAAUCAACGAAUCCACAAGGCUAUGGAGCACUGGUUGGAAACUAUCAAAAUAGUACAAGAGUGCCGCAAACAAGAAAUAACCAAUGCUGCAAAACGUCAAAAGGAAAACAUGCCUUGCAUGGCGAUGCACGACGAUAGAGAUAUUUUAUCAUUGGCCCACAGCAUCCGCAACCUAACCAAGGCAUCACGCUACGCGAGAACUGGUAUGUAUAACGCUAUGCAAGCAACACUCUUGUGCGACAUGGAAAUCGAGAAAACAGUUGUGGAAACUUCGAAAGACGCCAUCGUUGCACUUAAAACCAGCGAGCGACCAGCAGGUGAUGAAGUUGUGGAAUCAAACGACCGCGCUUAGCAAAAUCGUGAACCAGUAGCGCGAAUUAACGUCGAAUGUAUUCCUGAUUGAUUGCAUUCUACGGAAAGAGUAUCGACGAUUCUUUUUUCUGAACGUAAUUCGUUUCGAGAAUCAUAAUUCCUAAUUUCGUUUAGCUUUUCUGGAAAAAUUUUAAACCGCGUCUUCAAUUACUCUUAACUUCCGACCAAAAUUUAACAUUUACCUACGUGAUUUCCGCUUUCGUUUCUUAACAAGUCUAUGCUUAUAUACACAAAAAUAUCCUGACCGAUGUGAGCGCACCAGUGCAGAUGGCCAAGCAGACUUUUGUAUGAUUUAGUCUUAUUUCCUUAGUCUUUAAAGGCGAUUUCAUUUGUCAGGAAACCACGAUCUGCGUUUUUUAUCUGCAUUUUUUAGGAAAUCAGUUCGGGGUCUUUCAACGCACGGGACUUCCAUAUAGACUUUCAUGUAGAGUCCACCAAAUGCGUGACCGAUUUCGCAUUCAGAUUCGACUAAGUCAUCAAGGAUGAUUCAAUCAGACAGGAAGUUUCGAUGGGUCUCGCACCACAGACUUUCUUCCACAUCUUUAACGCCUUUAAAGACAAGAGUGGAAGGGAUGCAAUUUUGAUCAAAAACCACGACCAUUAUCCUCGCUCACUCGAUCCCGUUUGUUCGUCCUUCAAUAACUUUGACUUUUGCUUAGAUAGAGGAUAUGGGUCAAGAGACCUAGGCUAAAUUUUUACGAGUGUGUUGGCUGAGAACGCUAGAUAACAAUUUCUUAGAAUAGUUCAAUGUGGCCUUCCUUAAGUGUGUGACCCAAAUGUGUGUCAAGUAGUCCAAUGCAUAAGAUACAUCUUAGUAAGAAGACCGAAGAUUAUCGUUCAAGAAGAAUUUAAAGCAGGAACAAUUGAGUCGAGUUUCUCAACAUCCUCCCUCUGCCUGUAAAAUUGUCGACUGACCGAAAUCAGUAUGGACCUAAUACAUUCGAUAUCAAUAUUACGAAACAAUUACGAUACUGUCCACUUUACUUUACCACAUAUGUGUACCUAAAACAUACAUACACGGUGUGUCAUCCGCGAUACUUCUUAUAUACAUAAGCUGACAGACAACACACAAAAUACAAAAGCUACAUCAUACGCUUGCAGCUUAACAAGAAAUAUAGAUACGAAUAUAUGAUCCACGUACGGUUUCAUAGAAGAGUGAAAGUUUUACUAUGCUUAUAUAUUGAAAUAUAACACGACUAUAUAACCUGCAAAGGGGAAAGUUUAAGUCCUAACUUAAUGCAGUAAAACUAUUGUACUGCUACUAAUACUAAAAACUAAACGAACUAGUUGUGUAUGGCUGAAUCAUUAAGCAUUUUUUCCUAGUCUUCAUCAGCACGGCGUGUUUUAUAUGACAAGAUUUCCGCUUAGACUUUUUUACCACCAUUUUCGAUCCGAGCCGAGCGAACCUUCUUAAUGUAUAAUUCUUUGAUACAUUCGUCCGAGAACGUUAUUCUUUGAGAAAAAAAACCUGCCGACUUUCCAAAGCGAGUUUUCAUUGGGACCCCGUUGCGAUUUUCUACCGAUAAUAAAGUAACUCUAACUUGCUUUGUUAAUCCGUUUCUAAAUUCGUCGAUGACGGGCGAACUCGCUUAAGAUUGCACAUUGCUCACCGCACUUUGCGCAUACACUUUGUUCUAAGAAAUAGUGUCGACUGCUCAUCAUACUUACGAAAACGAAACUUUUUACCUUAAACUUAAACUUUAGUUGUCAUUUAAUAUACUACAACAUCUAAUUGUAACAACUUUUGAUGAUAAUUUAGAUUGUAAACAAAUCAUAGCGAAAUUUUUCUAAGCAGUCGAUGCAGAAAAGGCCUUCCACCGUUAAAAACGGCGAUCGUUUCAUGAGAUACUACAAAAUCGUUUCGCGCGUAGCGAUUAAUGGUAGACGGAUUUGCUUGAAGCUGCACAUUGCUCACGUUCUGUAUGCACAUGCACACGCAACGCAUUUAAAUCUGAAACCGUCAUGUACGAAGUACUCAAAGAAUUCGUUUUCAAAUUUAACCCGAAUUGCAGAACGAUUCUUAAGGAUCAAAAGUGUCACAAGAAUGUCGCAUAGGAAAGAUUUAUCUUUUUGUUGCAAUAGAAAACAAAAGGGUAUUUCAUUUACAUCUUUGAUAGAUACUGUUGCGUACCAGAAUCUGCGAUAGAUGCGCGCACGUGUAAGUUUUUGACUUUUUUACAUUAAUGAUACCACUAGAGAAGGAUCGCGAACCAGCGAGAAGAAGAGAAUAUCGUAUUUUGAGCAACUUUUUAGGUGGCUAGAAGAAACUAUUACAAACAUGUCCAGAAUCUAAAGUUUAGUUGUAGGCGUAAUAAAUUCGCUGGAAAAAAUUUAUAAAACUUUAUCGGAAAAACGAGAUUCUUUGAAUUCUUGAGAAAGUAUGGUGGAGUAUCACUGGGAUGGGGAGUAGAUCGUGAAAGCCUAAUUUUCCCGUUAACAGACCGUGCACUGCUUUAAAAGAGUUCCCUUUGGUAUGUGCAGAAAAAAUAAUACUGUAUUGUAUCUGUGAUAUCUCUCAUGCUAGCACCUGCAUAUCUCUUUAAAAUAUAUCUAACAAAAACUGUUUUACGUAAAGAAUUUUUAGACUUCUGUUUUGGGUACGCUCCGGUUCCGGGAGGCCGUUCGUACUUAAUUCGGGCAUGGUCAGGAUUCAUGAGUCAAUUUUUGAGAAACCGAUCCGGAAUUCGGGACGUACAUUUAUAAUACUUAUUUUAACGGUUAUUAUUUCUCUCGUGUACCUUUGACCGUGUGACAUUUUUAUUUCACGCGCACAGGAAUACAAGACACUACAUUACAUUAUUACGCACAUAUAUACCUCUGCUCCCAGCAGGCGCAGCAACUUAUCCUGCGAUCAUGCCCACACUCGAGUGAAAGUUUAGUGCAUCGUAAAUACAUGGCCUAUAGAUACCUUAAAUAUUUAGCUAGUUGUUGUUAAAUAGUGUGAGUAGUCAAGCGACAGUAGGUGUUGGAAAUACGUUAGCUGUCUGUUAUUAGUCGAACUGUUCGUUUUUCCGCGAAGGCUGGCGAUAGGUCUCCAAGUCUAUUGCAUCUGAUAAGUGCAACUGAUCUAAACCAAGUAAAAAUAUGAAGCUUAAAGUUAUAUUUAAAUUUCAUCAAAAUUUAUAAUACGAACCUUUGCAAACUGUAUUUAUAAUUGAGAUUUAUGUCUUACAUGAAACGUAACAUUUGAUUAUGUCAUAUGAAUAAUAAACAAGUUUUUAGAGUCUGAAAGUCAAGAUUUGUUUAAAAAGUGCGAAUCAAACGCAAAAGACUCCUGGACCAAGCUCGCGAAUUCGUGGAUAAAUAGACAUAAAUACAGGACAGAAAAUUAGAGGUAGUUACUGCGUACCACGGAGAUUGAGGUAACCAUGGGAAUCAUUAGGCGUUAGAGCUCUCUUAGGUACGUGUUCGACAAUCCUAUUUUAAUUGCAUGUGAUAUUAUACUAUAUUAACGAGUCUAUGUACGAAUAUAUGCUCGAUGUGAAAGGUAUAAGAACGACAAGUAUAGAUAUAAGCGAUUGACAUUAUAUCGAGGACAUAGACUGAGUGUAUGUCUCCUGGUAGAGAGAAUAGUCGAGCCGACGAAUGGUUAGCAAAACGCGGAAGCAGUGGAUGAAUUUUGAAAUGACCAAUGUUUAAAGCUCUCGCGAUUCGCAAGGCGUAUAUCGAAUUCUUAUAGAAAUAUAUACAUAUAUUAUAUAAACAUAUUAUAAAUAAAAAAAUAUUCCAAGUCCUUAAAAUCUGUUGAGUGCUCUUCGAAAUAGUAAUGACGCGCGCUGUAAAGAAAUUAAAUGAAAAAUCUCUUUUUCUUGUAAUCGCAGUAAAUCAGUCAUCUCAAAAGCAGUCUUAAAGUAGGUCUCGAAGCCAAAAAAACAGGGUCUCUCAUUCGGUCACUCAUUUUUUUCAGAGAGAAAGAAAUCAAUGGUCGAUAAUAAUCUCAAAAGAACGACCAAUUUUAAAGUAAUCCAAAAUUACUCUUGAAUCAUUAUUUAUUAUUAAAAAUCUUAAAUGUUUUUCAAAAUGUUAAAAAGUAUUUAUUUAUAAACAAUUGAAGUUUAAAAAAAUUACAAACCAUUUGUUUCUAAGGGUCAAUCAAAAUAUAUUGAAAUAUUUCCUUUGCUGUUAUUGAAGAAAUAAUUGUAUUUAGUCAUGCAUGCGUAUGCUCUGACAAAUACACUCAUAUGCGUUAUUCUGAUCGAUAUUAGUCUAUGGAAAGGUGUUUUAAAACGAUAUUUAUUGUUGCUGUUUUGUAAGAUGUAAUAAUUCAAUUAAUGAAGAUGUAGGAAUGUUUUAUGUAACUCUGACAUACUCGAUGUUACUUUUCGCUUCGAUGUGGGGUGAACCUCUUUUCUAUGCAGAUUAGGAGUCAAUACUUCACCGUAUCUGUAGCAUUUUGUGACUGACUUAACACAAACAAAGCCUAGAAUUAAAAACAGAAACUAUUUAAACUAACCGAAAGGAUCCUGCUGUACAUUGUGUCGAAAACCAACGAAAACUUGCUUAUAUUCGUAAGUGAUUGCUGGUGAUUUGUGAACGCGUUAACGUACCCAGCACAUUCGUAUGUGUGAGAUGCAUAAGUAUGCGGAUUCAUAUAAAUAUGCCCAAAAAGUCUGCUCGGUUGACCGAAGCCAGAAUCUCGUGUAAAUCAAUAAAUUCGCAGAGACAAACGAGAAGAGAAAAAGUCAAAAACCAAGCAAACAAAAAGGAACAAAAACACAGUAUGCCCCGUAUUUUUUUAAUAAUAUUUAUCGCAUUUUGCAGAGCAUUUUUUAAAUGUUAAUCUUAUUAAUGUACAGCUUUCGCUUACUUCUGAUUCUCUUCUCGCUCCUUUCACCAAAUCUGUGGCUCUUUUCAUAGAAUUUUUUACUGCCUAAUAAUUCAGCACUUACCAAAAGUCAAUGAUUGCUGUUCAACUUUUGAGAAAAAAGUUUUCUCCGCCUUGUAACUAAAAUAGAAGUCAUUUGCCGAAAACCUAUCCAAUUUCAUGUUUAGAAGAGAUGAGGAAGCUUAGAAGAUAAGAAUGGAAAAAUACAAAGCCGAGAAAUUUUAACUAUGGCGGUCAACUGGCGAUUUUGCCUUUCAGGGUAGUUGUAAUACAUAUUAUAGGUGGCUCAAUGUGUAAAUUACAAGUCUGGUUUAUAAGAGUACUAAAUACUAAUGUUAUACAUUAAAUAUCCUAGAACUUUUACGAGUUAAAGAAAAACGAGAGUUUGAGAAUUUGUAUGCUAAUGGACUGAAUGAAUGCGAUCGGAAUACAAGUUAUGACGCAGAUUUAUUAAAUCUAUAUAAAGUACACGUGCUAAAUUGUAAUUUGCGAUAUGUACAUACAUAAUUGUAUCUGCGUCAAUAGACAGGUUGGGAGAAAAGUAAUUAGCGACGAAAGAGUGAGCAGAACUUGUACGCUUGCAUAUCACACGCAGUUGGGUCGCAGUGUCUCGGCCAUUCUUACCGGUGAAUUGAUGUUCGCCAAUCUAUUCUGAUUAAAUCGUGACGCGCUUGAAUGGUAAAAAUGCACCAAUCUAUUCUAAAACUUAUUCUUUUCGAUAAUCAUACUCGAACUAAAAAAUCUUUUUGAAACUGAUUGUGUAUUGAAUUUAAUUAACGAGAAACAGAUCGAGUCUGGAUAAAGUUAGUGUAAAUUGAGGACCAUAGAUAACGAAUAUGUUAUAUGUCGCCUUAUCGAAUUUUUUGUUUCUAUUGCAGCAGCAGCCAGGUUUUUUUACCUGAACUAUUAACGUGGUUACAAUUUGUCUUGGGUAUGAGUAAUCUCGAUAGGGUCAAGUCGUUGUUUUAGCAUGCGUAACUAAUCGUGUAAUUGUAUCGAUUUUACGCACAAGUCGCCGAAUAUUAAGAGAAGAUCAAAUCAGGAAUGAGACACUGCGCAACCGACCAGAGUACCUUAUCUAUUUAUUUAUUAAUUGAUGAUAUAACGUUAGUGCAGGCGCAUAUGCACUUGGGUUCUAUAUGAUACAUAUAAUAUAUUGUAUAUUUUAACUUUUGCUUUGUACCGUUACUACUACUAGAUAGGCAGAAAAGGAAGUAAUUCAAGAGACUUGGAAAUGGAUUAAUUCAUACCCGAUUAAAAUGGGAUUUUUAUAUGCAUGCACGCGAGGACUGAUAUUCGAAUUAAUAUUGAAAGUUGACUUUUUCGAAAAAUGUGUGUGGGUGGGACUUAGAAAAAUGAAAAAUAUGAAAUUGUCAAUAUGUUUGUCAGCGCUUGUAAUUGUAAAUAGAUGUACGUCCAAAACGUAAACACAGUGAGUAGAACGCUCUCAUCAUCAAAUUCUGCGACCUAUACGGGUUUCCCACUUGAUCCUAUUAUCCGUUUUAAUUAAUUUCGUGUUUUAGUUUUUAAACUUUUAAAAAACGAUCAAAUCUAAUAACAAAUCAAGGUGUUCAGCACGAGCACUCUUGGUAAAGAUUUUAUGAAUAGUUGGAGAGCCAUAGAUUUUCAGUAAAAAAAAAAGGUAUCGUAGAUUGCAAUAACGUGUCGUCGGUAUCCGCGUUGUUGUGAAAUUCGCGUAGAUAAGAUUAAAAUGUUAGAGGACUGUUUGGUGUGUCAGCGUCAAUUUUAGGCGCACAUAAGCGCAUUAAUGAUAAUAGUUAAUAUUUGAUCGUCGUUCGUUCUCGUAGGAUAGUCGUCGACGAUUGAUCCUCGAUGUUUCGAUAGUUUUGGCCUUCUUGUGACGGACCUUGAAUCAAGUUAGUUGUUCGAUUCGAAAACGUCAAGAUCUCUUUUCUAUGCUCUAGUGAAAAUUCUCAGGGAUGCACGCUAAUGAUACCUGGACUUAACCAAAUAUGCUGUUAGAACAACCAGAAAGAUUGAUUUAUAUGGUACACUUUUUAAAAUUUUAUUUACUUUUCCGUCAUAUUAAAAUCAAUUCCUUCUUUUAUGAUUAUUUUAGUAAUCUUUUGAAUCUAAUAUUGGUUAAUGUAGUCUUUCAAAAUUAAAAUUUAUUUUUAAAAGUCACUCAUGUUAUUCUAACAAGGUACAUAUUUAUUGGUAUUAAACAUCUUUCGACGUGAACUAAAUUGGUCUCACGUGGGGUAGUUUAAAGAAAUGUCGAGUCAAGACCAUCGUGCACCUCUAAGUCGUUCGAAAUAGCCUUAUCCUCGAGGGGAGACCUUGUUGCAAUGUUUGUUUCGCUUAGAAUUAAAAAUUCUAUAUAUCCGUUAAGAGGAGCGAGCAAUAGCAAAACGAGAAGAAAUCAAUUGCUCGAUUUGUGGACCACUAGAACAUUGUACAACGAUUAUCUUACAAUAAUAUUUAUAUUAAGGAAAUCCAAGUAGGAAGACAAAGUUUUAUUGAUAAUCGGUGAAAUCGACGGUUAGUGCGCAACGAAAAGAGAUCUCGUCGAAUCGAGUCGAUCGCACGACAGUCAAGGUACCGCAAAUAUUCUUCACUGAUAAAAGAGACAAACCGUUCGAAUGAAAAUUUAAAAAAUAAUUUAAAGGUAUAAUUAAUUUUGGCAAAAUCAUUUGAGAUCCCGAAUUAAAGAACCAUCUACGGAACUAUUUUGCCUGAAUGAUAUGCUACUCGGGCGAAAUAAUUCUAAACGUUCUUCUGUAUGGAUGCGCAUGGAUAUUCCCCGAAUUCUACAUUCACUAUUUAUUUCACUGAAAUUCAUGUGACCGAAUAAUAAUUUAAUGAAUCCAAAUUAUCAUUUGACAUAAUUUUCAUUGUUCUGAAUAUGCCAAUUCGGUGAAGCGGACCUGCAACAAGAAAUUGCUUCCAUAAGAGUCAACUAAUUUUUCUGGAAUCUAUUGAGCUGAAAUACUAAUAUCAUCUAUUUUUUGUGUGUGCACUAUUGAUUGGACUAUUUCAUUUGAUUAAGGGGCGAGAGACAAACAAAAAUAAAAAGAUUGAACCUUUUUGACAGAAAAUAUUGCUUUAAAAACAUUAGAAGAGUUCGAGAUUAAUGUCUCGCAACACAAAUUUAAUAAAAUUCAAAAAGUUGAAAUAAUUUGAGAAUUUUCAGGUGAAUUUGACAAUAGUAUUAAAAUUUUUUCAAACUUAAUUUUUACGUGUUUUCCCAUGGAUUUUAAUGAGACUAGGCCUCAUGAAGAAUACAGUUCGUGUAAAUAAAUGUUAAGUUUUAUGGCCAUACACAAAAAUGAAAAUCACGUCUAAUCGUAAUUCGGAUAAACGAAACUUGGUACGGAAGGCAAAUCCGGAAAAAUGAAAACUGGAUUAAAUGUUAAUUUGAAAACAAAAAUAAAUUAGGGCAAAUUGUUAUUUGUUCAAAUAAGUUUCAGUAAAAUAAGCAUUAGGAAUUAUUUCAAACUACGUAUAACAACAUUUUAUUCUAUUUUUAACUAAAAGGUUACAUAAAUAUUCCCAAAAUGGUGAGUCCCGUUGACUUGGUGAAUCUUGCCUCCGGUUUUUAUCUGUGAAGACUACGUUCUUUCUGAGAGAAGGAACUCUCGUGAAGACAAGUUUGAAUUUGUAGAAAUAGAACGUAACGUUCUAAAGUGAGUUCAAAGUAGCGAUAAUUGUUCCUUAAGUAAUUGCUUAUUGCAGUUUUAGAGUACAAUGGACAAUCUCGACUGGAUGUGCAAUACGUGUUAGUACUCACGUGAUCAAACGUGGUUUAUUUCACAUUUACGCAAUAAUUCAUUUCGAUUAAAUUUUGCAUUAUUUCUGAAUAUGGACCUAAGACAAAGAUAAUCAAUUUAAAAAGGCAAACAAGCAUUAAAUUAACUUCUAUAUCGAUUUUAAGAAACAAUGUUUGAUUGAAUUUAAUACUCAACGUUAAAUAAUUGACGGACAGUUAAAUCUAAUAUAUUUUUACUCGCUUUUAUAAACUGUUCGUUAAUUUGUUUGCCUUAGAUAAAUUUGAGAUUUUUGAAAAUUAAAUUAAAUGUUUAUAUUCGCUUAAAAUAAUCACUGACUAAAUUACUGAAUAAGUCCUUAGAUCCGUAUUCAAAUAAUUUUUAUAAUUGAUUCUUAGUAUGUUCUUCGUUAGCUCCAUAUUAAUAUAUUUUAAGUUUUGUAGGUCUAGAUGACAUUGAAUUACUUGUUUUUGAACAAGGUUUAUACAGAUUUAAUUUUCUCUUUUUUGUGAAAAUGCAGUUAUUCUGUUUCUAGAAUGUGGAAAUUUUAAAUAGAAAACUUGUGAAAGAAGCAAAAGAAUAAAAAAGGUGAUUAAUUAUUUGAAAUUUAUUUAUUUAGAGAAUGUUGUUAACGAAAAACAAGUAUUCUGUAUAAAAUGUCCAUGGUGCUUGAAGAGAACAAACUUAUUCUGAUAAAAGAGUAUUACUCUCGUAUGACUUCCGUGUAAUUUCUGUGGCAAAAACAUUCGUGAAACAUCGGGAGUACUGUUGACGUCGAGAAGUUAAAUUACUACAUUGUCAUUCUCCAGUAGAUACAAGCAAUGAGUUCAGGGUAUUGUAGACGAAUUAGGGGCUAGUUCUUAUUUUGCUAGUGAAAUCGUUACUUCUUAUAAUGAUCCAACGUUCGUCGUCCCUAUCCUGGUUGAUAAUUAGUCAGAAUGUUUAGUUACCGUUAAUGAAAUCAUAUUAAUGGCUAGUUUUUGCUGAACAUUACUUUUUGUAUUUUUCGUUCUUACAAUUAGAUUGUACGUGGAGAGAAACGAUAGUUGUUUGCAUUAUUAAUUUUUCGGUAAAAGCACUUUUUUUUUUGUUGAAAAUACAUUCAUUAAGAAAGCACAAGGAAAAUUAGUAACGAAGGAGGUCCAUUUUAUAAAAGUUUUAUUUACUUUUUACCGAUUUUUAAAAUAAAUUCAGAAACUCUUAACAAAGUAAAGAAAUAUAAAUCUGGAUAAAGUUUAAAAAAACAAGAGUUCUCAAGUUUUUGGGCAAGUGUUUUAGAUGAAUUUCUCCGUUCAUUUGACACACUGAUUAGCUGUGCAAGACUAACAAAAGUACGAGGGACGUUCAGAAAGUAAGGUUACAACGUACGUGUGUAAAAAUUGGAGCUACUAAUAUUUCAAUGAAAUUCGCAGGAAAUGUUACAGAUGUAUUCAAUUAUUAUUCCACUUAUUCACCGUCCAGGUUCAUGCAUUUCUGAAGUCUGGGCACCCGCUUUUGUAAGUCUUUGUCAUACACCUCCCGCUCUACCUCCCGAAACCAUUUUCCACCCUCUCCAUGUUCUUCAACUUGCUGCAAAAGAGGUCGUCUGAAAUGAUUGACGUUCUUCCACUCCAUUCUUUGUCGUGAGUGUCUGUACGGUCUUCCCGGAACAAUUUUACUCACUUCGUAACAUGUUUACGGAUCAUUACUUCGUAUCCAUAAGUUUCCACGAGCUUCCGAUGAAUACUGGCUUUGGAUUCGUUUCGCAAAGGAAAAAUACGUAUAACUACGCGAACCUGAGACCAGCGCAAGGUGGAGCAAAACGGCCGAGGAGCUUCUUGACGGAAAUAGAGACCUUGACACCAGUUUACGACCAACUGACCUGCCGCAUCUUUACGCGCCAGGUGCACCAACUUUUUAAAACAAAAUUGCCCUACCGCCUACAGAGGCCUUGUAACCUUACUUUCUAGACGUCCCUCGUAGGACAAGCGAAAGCUUUCCUCGUGCUUUGUCCGCGCACUUUGUGUUACCUUUUAUGUUCUUACAUGCGAAUCGUGAAGAUAUUUCGUUAAUAAUAUUAUCUGUUUUAAAAAUGAUCUUUUUAGUUUUAGGACCGAGGAAGAUUCGGCUACUUAAAAGUUCUCGUGAUUCUUGAUAGAUGGAGCGAAUUCCGUCAAGUUUUUACUAUUUGUACUAAGAAACGGAUAGCUAAGUGUAGUGAUUUUGACGAUUGAUAUUAUCUAUGACUUUGUCGAAGCUUAGUUCGAAGACUAAUUUAAAAAAAAAGCAAUUGGAGAAGUAUAAAGUGACCGUCGUCGCUUCAUCACCAUCUUCCUUUGUAGGUGUUUUUAUAGCUUUAUGGUCUUUAAUUUCAACAGUGCAAUUUAGCUUCCACUAGUGAAUUAGUCGACGUGAGGCUUUGCAUAGAAAUAUUACAGCUAGCGUCGUGUUUUUAAGUGAAUUCUUCUGAUAUAAUCAGUAUUUGCCGCUUGUCUUUCCGAGCAGUAGCAUUUCCUUCGUAAGCACGUUUCAAACUCGAAGAAAAAUAUUGUUAUCGACAGUUAUUGACGAAUGAGCCAAAUUGACCGAGUUUGAAUCCGUUCGAACUUUUUUCUAAAAUUUACGACAAUAGUGAAUUUUUUUAAUUGGAGAGAAGAAAGUAAAUUUGAAUAAGCAGCUGAAGAAAAGUGUUCGGCGGGCAUGCUUUUCGAAAGGUAAAAGGAAUAGUUUAGUAAACUUUUAGGGGCUGACAGGUGAUGCAGUUUCGAAAAUGGAAUAUAAAACGUUCUUUUUCCUUUUUAUAUUUUACGUUGACUGUACGAUAUGUAUCUACUAAUUAUUAAAAACAUAUAAUAUAUUCGUAACGAUAAUAAUAUUAAUAUAUAUGUGUACAUGAUAUGUAUCAUUAAAUGGGCUGUGGUAGAAACCUUUAUAUACUCCGUGUGCGUAAAAUCGAGAGUAAGUCGCUUUCUAUUCUUUCGUAAAUAAUUGAUAUAUCUUCUCUUAAGAAGUUUUUCGAAAGAAGGAAGCGACUUUUCUCUUCCAAUGAGACACAUAUAUCUUCAGAGCGCGACGACACACACGUCUCGCAUUGUCACAGAAUGACCACCGUGCACAUAUUGUACCUUAUUAUAAUUAUAAUGAUUAUUAUUACCUAUGAAUUAGUGUCCGUUAUAAUUGUUAACAAUAAAAUUGUACCUACUGUGCCCGCGGGUUCCAAAUAACGACGAUAUAUUAUUAUCAUUAAUGUUAUCAUUAUUUGUUUUAAAUAUAGGCGUUUUAAUAAGGAUAUCAAAGUCAACGCCGCUCGUGGGUCCGAACGACGAUCAACGGUCGUUUCUCGUCGAGCACUACAGCGACUGCUUCGAAGUGAAAGUCAAUCCAAAGAACUCGACAAAAAAUAUUUAAAAUCAGAAGAAAAAAUUCGAAAUGACAGAUGAAAUCUUUGAGACCUGUAAACCUUUUUUACAAUUAGAUCAGGUCCUUAAUUCGUGUUUCGAGUUUUUUCUUCGGGCAAAAGUAAUUUAGUGAUGACCUUUUAUGCGUCUUCUUUUUUCAGUGUGCCUUUUUAUCAAUCAUUCGUAAUAUUUCCAUGAAAUGUUUGUACGAUCUGCUUGUGAGGGUGGAAUAGUAAUAAUAAUCGUUAAUCUUUGUAACUAUGCCGUGUCACUGCUACUAUCCGUAAUCAUUUGUAUAACGAAUUAUAGAGAAUUUUCUUAGAAUGACUUACAAGUGUUACAGACAAGCGCUUUCGAAGCAGGACGCAGAUACAUUUUUAACGUAACAUUACGUAGCUUUACUCUUAGUCUGCUAGUUAGACAGAAUAAAAGCGUUUAGAAAUUUGCUCAAUAAGUAAACGAAACCGCUUUUUAUAAUGUAGAGACGACCGACGGAGCACUAAUUUUGAAUCGCAAGGCUAAUCACUAUAACUCGGAAAAACUGGUUUUUACGGUUAAGAUUUUAAGAAUUAAAAUUUUUUUUAUUGCAAAUCGUAAACUCAAGAUUGGUCCGAGUUCUGUUAAUUAGGUGUAGCGAUGCGAUCAAUGAAUCGACUGAUUUUUUUGUGUGUAAUUACAAUUUUAAGUUAUCAAAUGCGCUUCUAAUUUUAAAACAUGUUUGGCCAGAUAGUAUAUUUUCAUUCUGUGUGUAUAGUGAAUUCUCGCAAGAAAACUACCAUUUUCUCAAAUGAGCCAAUGUUGUAUUUAUAUUUGUUGCCAGGACUAAUAGACUUGAAUUUUCGUGUAAUUGGUACAAAAAAAUAUAAUGAAAAAUCAUUUAUUAGUUUAAUUCUCAAUUUUUAGAGUUGUAAACUACGAAAAAAUGUUGUGAUAGGGAUUUCAGCUUCUCAAAAACCGUAUAGAAUUAACUCGUAAAUUGUAUGAACUUUAUUUAAAUUUUAAGCAAUCCAAAAAAUAAUAAGUCUUUUAAAUACCGUGGUUAGCCCUGCCCAGAAAAGUUGGACAUUUGUCUUCUCAUGUAAGCGUGUUACACUUAGAUUCACUUUUUAAAAAUACGUUCUUUUGUUUCUUUUUAACAACAGAAAUGUGCAUUAUAGGCGCUUGGACGUCGCUUUUCUGUUAAAUAGUUGCCUACCAAACGUCCAGUGUCAGUUUAAUGAAUGAUAUUAGUUAAGUGUAAUUUUUCAAUGAGCUCUAUAAGUGGAAAAACAAAUGCGUUCUAUAAGAGUAGAGUUAAGUAACAUUUGAGCUUAACGGUAUCCGCCUGUUAAUUUCCUGUUUAUAUCUUACUCGUUUAUCAUGUGAUUAUUGUCGAAUUUUAAAGAGAUAUUGAACGAUAGGAAUUCCUCCCCACAUAUGAAACCGCUUUCCGUUCAGACUUCGAGGUGCUUAAUCGUUGAUAAUUUACAUUCAUGUAAUUGUGAGUACUGUUCUUAAAUUUCGAAAGUGUUUAUAUUCCCCUAUGAUGAUCGUUUGUAACGCUGUGAACAUAAUAAUGUCGUUUAGAAGACAGAUAACAAACAUGGGUGACGAAGAUUACAUUUUUAAAAUCAAUUUUAUCUACAUCUUUGAGCCUGCUAAUAAUUGGCAUGUACGUUUUAUUCAAAGUGUCCUUUUCCUGUAAACUUGUUUGUCCCAAAAGAUGAUAAAUAAAUGGUAUCUUUCAUGUUCAGAUAA